AGUGGGCUGACUUUUGACCCUGUGAGGCUACCGUAUUUAAGCGAAGAGAGGAAUUGUCAGCUAAAUACUUUUUUCCCCCCUUUAGUUCCAAUUUUUCUCAUACUUUGCGGUCCAUUUCAGAACAAUAAACCAGGACAGCGGUGUUUCAUCAAUGGUAUGUGCGCUUGGUCCUUUAAUUCAUCAUACACAGGUAGAGAAAGAGUAUUUUUAAUCAACUUGAUAGCAUGUGAGCGCUAACUAACCAACGUAUCAUUGCUGCGUAAUGUAUUUGUAUUGAUAAAUUAACCGGAAAGGCAUUUAUCCCAGCUUCAUAUUUAUCUGCACACGAAUAUGGUAGUUGUAUCUACUUUCAGACCGCUUGAAGAUUGUAUUCUAAUAUUAUCGAGGCAUAAUGAAAACAUGAGGCACUAGUUUAACAGUAGAUGGCAGUAAAACACAGCUACUACAGUAAUAUCCCCGUCUUCUUCAGUAUCAGUGCAGGUCAUCUUGAUGUUAGACUAGAAUAGGCUGGUUCUACCUUGUGCCUGUCAUGUAAUCACUUUUAGUAAUGUCUUCAUCGAUUAUUACCCUUCAUGUAGGGCUGGGCGAUAUGGGAAAAAGUUCAUCACAAUAUAUUUUUUUCAUAUCAGUCGAUAUCGAUAUAUAUCACGGCAUAAACAAACCACUUGUCAAUCCUAAAUGUUCUUUGUUAAGGUCAUUACACACCGGGGCCAAUACGAAUAUAGAAUGCGAAAUUGCAAAAUAUUCAGAGGCGAUUUUGAUGCCCCUGACUAUACACAUCAAGCACGAUGCGAUUUUGCGACUUUCCACGGAGGAAAAAGAUGCGUCUCAGGUGGAAGCGAGAAGACUGACACAACAGCAGACUGUUGUUCUUCAGUUCUGAUUAGACACUAGUGUUGAGAUGGCUGUCUGUCAUGAUAGCAUGUACUGAGUCAGGGCCAGUACCAGAUAAGCACAUUAAACUAAAAUCCAUAAACGUAAGGUAACAACUGAGACCUAAACAGUGAAAAUACAUAUGGUAUGUUGUAUCUGAACAGGUUAGCUUACGAGCUAAAGUUACUUAGCACAGACAGAAGUUAAAACCAAGACAUUUAGCAAACUGUUAAGGGCACACAAACCAUCGUCAUAUGAGAAAUCUGACGCUAUGACUCUCCACAAGUUGUCCUUCAGGUCGCUAUUUUUGUAAUAUUUGUGUCUUUUAUCAAAAAGCACUCUGUUCUCCAACACAUAAACAAUCAGCUGGUCUGCCAUGCUGGAUAUACUGGUGAAUCUGACGUCACAAUUACACGAAAUCUGAUUGGUCUGAAGUGGACACACAGUAUGCAAAACUUUUGAAAAAUCGACCAUGAUCCAAAAAAAUAAAUGCCGCAAUAUCGCAGGACGGGAAAACGUCGCGGAUGUAAACGCUUGUAUUGACAGGAUAUUGAUGUCCGAAAUAAUUGCAAAAAAUGGUCCCGGUGUGUAAGGACCUUUACUCUUAAAUGAAAUUUAACAUUACUUAUUGGGAGCAUGUCUUGUGCAAUACAAUAAGCUACUGCAUCCAUGAGAUCUUUGUGUCUCUUCGAUGUUUUGUCUGAGGCGUUGCUGAAUGGUUGGUACAGCGCGGCGCAGACUCAGAGUAACUCCCCUUUUCAUUGGCUAUUCCUAUAGUCUACCAAAACAUGUCAGAAUGCUGACUAUUGAAAAGUAUAUUGACCAUGUUUCAUAUCGAUAUCAAGGGAAAUUAAGUUUUGAUAUAUAUCAUUAUUGUGUUAUCGCCCAGCCCUACCUCCAUCACUUGUUUAUAAAACUGUGAACAAGUUUGCUUUGUUUAGAAAGUCAAAUUUCAGAUCAGAUCAAUAUCAGCUGGAGUUUGAUCCAGAGUAAAUUCAAUCUGCUUUGUAAAACUUUGCGUCUUUGUUGGCUCUUUGUGGUUUGAAAAUAGAAGCUUUUAGUUAAUUGCAAAAAAGAAGAUAGAAAUUCACACUGAUGCUUUUGGAUGCACUACAAAGACAGACAAGAAAGCCAGUGACUGAUUUUGAUUAUUCCUGAUUUAUUUUUAUAAGUGCUUGAAACCACUGCCUCAGGCAAGGUGUCCUUGUCCAAGCAAAUGAUUGACUCCAUGGAAGUAGAAUAUCAAUAUAAUCUGAAAAUACCUUGCAGGAGCUUUAAUUGGGGUUGAAUUAUGAUCAAAAAAUGUUUGAAUUGUUCUGAGCAUUGUUGCAACAUUUUAUACAUCUGAAGGACCUCCAUCAUUUAUCUCCAUUGAUGAAGGUUAAACACCUUUCUCAGAUGCUGAUGUUGUAACAGUCUGUAUCAGCUCUCACUCACCGUGUGCCAUCAGUGGGCUACUGUAAAACACUUUUGUUCUUUCCUUCACAGAGAUUUAAAAGGUGAUUUCCUGCUGGUUUAAGCACAUAACCCCCACCAUGGGGAAGAGAUACUACUGUGACUACUGCGACCGCUCCUUUCAGGAUAACAUGCACAACAGGAAGAAACAUCUAAAUGGUGUUCAGCAUCACAGGUCUAAAAAGGCCUGGUAUGACCAUUUUAGAGGUGAGACUUUCAGACCUUUGAGACUAAAAUUUAACAACAUGCUUUAUCUUUUAUGAUGGACAUGUUUCAGCAAAUGUAAAUGUGUUUUUCUUGGAACUAGCUGGCGAUCUUAUGCAUGAGCAAUAACUAUUUAAAAUUCAAAAGUCUUAAACCUGUUUUAUGAGAUUUUUAUUGAAGGAAUAAACAGUGUUGUAUUUCAUUGAGCCGUCUCAGCUGUCCGCCUCUUUAUUUCAUGGUGAAAGAUAACAUAAACAACUAUGGAUCCACCAUCAUUCCUGUUUUACAGACUCCUCAGCCAUUCUGUAUGACGAACAAGCAAAGAAAGCCUGCAGGAAGUUUCUCCAAAAAGGUGACAUAACAGCAAACCUCUCAGUAAUCCUAUAACUAGUUAACAAAUUUAAAUUCCUCAUGGUGUUUUUUUCUCCUCAGGAAUUUGUGAUUUUGGCCCAAACUGUAGGUUUUCGCACAUGUCUGAAGAGGACCUAGAUAACCUGAAAAGACAAGUGGAGGGUAAGUAACCAAAGAUGGUGGACAUGGUCAACGCAGUCCAGAAAUCCCUCAAAUCCCGUUAUUGUCUUAGUUUACCUUUGUAACCCCUCAAUAAAACACAACCCACACAGGAGUUAAAAGUAUGAAAUUUUAAGUGCAUUUCAUCCAGAUGAGUGUCAGUGGUGUGAGAUCUGGUUUCUUCUAGAUGAACGGCGGCUUAGAGAGGACGCGCAGGACAGUUUUCUACCUGGAAGAAAUAUUGAAGACUGGCUCUCCAGAAGGGAAAAGAAGCAAACUGCCCUCAGCGUCAAAGGGUACCCUUCAUGCAUAUCAUGGUUGGCAUGGCUAAUGUUCAUUCCUGGUGCAUCAGAAUUCAACCCCUUAAUUAUUUAUUUCUGCAGUGAUCUGAAAAAUAAAGAAGACGGUGAAGAAGGCCGAGCGGAGAGUGACGCACCUCCACAGCUCCUCUCCAUUCCUGACCUCCCGCCCUCAAUGCAGCCUCCUCCCCCGGGCGGAUGGAAAGUCAAAGUGAACACAGAAUGGGGCUGAGGGAUAUUCACUUUGUGGUUCAAAUCACUGUUAAGUGGAUGUUUGACAUUCAGAGUAGGAGGAAUGGUACAGAAUACAUACAUUAUUAAGCUGUGGUGCCCUUUUUAUAUUUCAAGUAACAAGGUUUGCCAGUUUGAAACUAAAAAGCAGUUUGUAAUCAUGUUUUAUGUUAAAAAUAGGAACAAAAUACAUCCUUUGUUUAUAAGGUACUACAGGUUAUGUUCUUCUUUUAGAACAGCUACAACAGCCUAGUGUUCUUCUAAUUUUACCAAUAACUCCCAGUUUACUGUCUGAAAAUCCCACAGGAGAGGGUGAAAUAAAUUGAUAAAAACACCCACCCUUAGAACAGCAAGGUAGAGUUAAUCUGAGCUGAGCAAAUCCUAUACAGGCAACGCGAAAUAACCUCCAUGACUGACAUUUUGGCAGUGGGUUAUAGACAGUAAUACUCUUCUAAGGAGUGCAGUUUAAUGUCAUGAUGUCCCAAAAGAAAUAGAGGAUUGCUGAGCAGAUGGAAAUAAUUUUUUGUCUUAUUUUAAUCCUGUGCUGUUUCACUGGGGGACUCACUAAUCUCACUAAAUUUAAUUUCUUUCCAAGCCGCGGGAAAACCCCAUUUUCCUUCCCAGUUGUAAAUCUGGAAAGUGUAAGAUCUGCACUGAAUGUAAAAUUUUUUAUUAUCAACAGGACGUGCAGAUCCCAUGGAUAUGUGACUGAUAUAUUUAUUACAGAUGUUUUUUGUCCCUAGCCUUUAUUAUGUAUAAUAAUUCCUCUUUACUGGGGCUUUUGCUAAGAUGUCAUGUAUACUUGAAACUGUCUUGUUAUUAAAGCAGUGUAUGCAGCAGAAUGAUCAUUAAACUGUGUUGAUACAAAUUCCUCUUGGUUGAGAUUCUCAACAGUUUAACUUAAGUGGGACUUAACCGGCAAUUUACUUACAGGCACCCAGUAGUGAAGUGAAAACAGCUGAUAAAAAACAAACAUGGGUGUAAACGAUACAUGAUUUGAAAUAUAAUGGAGGAAGAACUGCAUACAGUGCAGCUCCUUGGAUUGCUCAUGCUGACUUAUGCAAGAAUGGUAUGAAAUAUGUGUGCAAAGAAAAGAACACAGCAGUUUAUUUACCCUGUCAUCCACUAAUCAUCUCUACUGUUCACUGAUGUUGGAAGUAUCACAAAGAUGUCCCAUGUUAGCACAUACUAUAUGCAUAAAUCCAUUGACUUUAUAAAAGUAACAGUCGUGUGGCAACAGUUCAAUCUUCUCACUUUUAAAAAUUUUAUGGGCUGAAUAAUAGAUAAGGAUGUUUAAUGAAUGUCCCAAUUUUAAUUACAAAUAAAAGACGAUGUCCCUCCUGGUAAGCUGCUAAUAUUGUUUUGCUACACAGACCACAUAAUCUCAUAACGCAAGUCCCACCCCUGACGAGCCAAAUAACCAAUCGUAAUUCAGGAUUCUGACAGAUUUCAGAGGCGGUUUCUGCCACCCCUGGCAGCUCUGCUGGAUCCACCCCAGUGCACAUGCAACAUAUUUCUCAGAUGUAAAGGUCAAUCAGUUUAACUCAACUGAUUUUAGAUAGCUGAUUUCACGAAGGACCUUUCAUGGCUCAUCCAGAUCUGAAAUGGCGCCUCGUGAAACAUGAAGUAUACACAGCAACAACUCAGGAUUGCUGCUCAUUAAAGAUGAGGAGAUUCAGGUCCCUUGCUGUUGUGCUCCGUUCUCAGCCUUGGUUGCAACUACAGUAUAAUAACUGCAUAUGCAUGUUCAAGUUCUUGAUUUCAAACUGAAGUGUCCAUGCUGCAGCAUGAAGAGCCCUUGUGCAUAGCAAUGCCAGAUAUACAGUAGCCUUCCCUUCUUUGCAGGCUGUGUGCUGGGCUCUGUCAGACUAAUGCAGGCUUUACAUACUUAAUGUUGACUCUUCUCUUCUCCAUACACUGAAUGUUGAAUGAAUGAACAUGCUGUCCCUGUAAGGCUCUUAUUUUUGUGAAAAAGUAUAAUGUAAAUGUUCCUUCUCUAAGAUCUGUUGUUUGUAGCCAAUGUCACAUCUCUAAAGAAAAAACACACACAAACUUAGCUGACUUUGACUUUGUUUUUAUUGGACUACAUGCAUCUAGACAACACUUACAUUAGUGUAUAAUUGAUGCAGUAACCUCUACAUGAGUAGCAGCAGUUACAGAAAUAAAACAGUGCUGGUUAUUCUCAGUCUAAACACUACAAAUACUAAUGUCGCACAGCAGGGUGGUACAACAAAAUGUAACCUCUAAGUGAGACAAAGAGAAUGGGAGAUAUAAGACAUGAUUAUUUAUUUGUAGUCAUUUCAAUCCAACAAUACAUUUAGCAUCAGAUAAUUUUUGUUCAAAAGUGAUGGUUUUGGAAAAUGAGAUUCCCACCUUUCUGAUGUUACUUUAAGUCGGGGCAUAUGUGCGCGGUUUUCACUCCAAAAGAAGGCACGCAACCAAAGAAAUGUACUGUUAAGGUCAAGUUCAAAACAACAAUAAAGACAUUUAAUCAACAAAAUGUACACAAAUUUCCUCAUUAAAACACUUUAACAUUCAUAAUAUUACACAAUAAUUGCUUAUAUGUCUUAAGACAAGAUUUGACACCAUGAAUACAUCCUACAUUCACACCAAACCCCACACCUGACGUGAUAUGUUCACAUGAAGAGGUAAUGUGAUGCCACAGAAGUAGUUCAUACAUAAAUAUCUACUAUUUAUAGUUUUAUUGCCAGAAUGAUCCCCCCAGUUUCUUACUUUCCCCCUUUGAUAUAGCUCUGAUAAACUCUACGAUUAAAAAAAGCAAGAAAAAAAUAUAGCAUUCAAUAAAACGUCAUUUUUGACAAAUAUUCGUAAAAGAAACAUCCUACAAAAUAAACUCUAACAUAUCAGGAGAGUUGAUGAAAGUGCAUGGCAUUGAUACACACGAGAACUUGUAUCUGAACGUCCAGUCAAGCUGAAAAUCAUACAUCAGAAACCUGAUUAUGUUUUUGUAGAGUUUUUGUUUUAUACAAAUCAUUAUGUCUACAUUCAUAAUAAAAUCAUAUAGAUUCAACCUCACGCUCAAGUAAGAAAAUAUAAUCAUGUAAUACUUUAAAUCAUAUGUUGUUUUGGUGGUCCAUGUAAAAGCCAGAAAACAACAUUCGUCAUGAUAUGUUAAAUCAUUCAUCACAGUAUACUGCCAAGUGUUUAGUACUGUUACAGUCUGCACACCCACAAAAGAAAUGACAUUUACAGGAAAAUGUCAGAUACUGAGAUUUUCUUUUUGCAAUGAUCACUUUACAAAUUGCAUAAUUAUUGAAUUAUUCAAAAUUGGAUCUCACACACAUAGAACUCACAUUAAUUUCUAUUUUUAUGUACAUGCAAGCAUGAGUGAAAUGAUUAUCUCUCUAUCUCAUUUACCAGAAAUCUUAUCUUUAACGUCGAGCUUUGAUGAAACUUUUAAAAUCAAUGUGGUUGAAAUACUUCACAGCUGGUAGGUUGGCUCAUGUAGCAACUAUUUUAUACUUCAUUAAGACUCUUAAGGACCUGUUUUGGUGUCUGAUAUGAAGGCAGAGGUUUUAUAAAUGCCACAUUGUGCAUCUAUUUCUUGCACACUGUAUGAAACACUAGUUUUAUGGUCUGUUGGUCAAGAGAUCAUUUGUCUUCCAGCCGUGGCUUCUAACACACCUUUGACUGAUAUUGCUUUUAUUGUGACUUCUAUUUUGACUUUAGGGGUCUUUUCACUUUCAUCCCCUAAUCUAUAACUGUUCACAUUUUUAAACAGGGGAAAAACAGCUCCUUGAUUAACAAAUCAAUAGCAAACUGCUCAGCCAAGACGGCUUUUUAUGGACUUUAAAGAAAACCAAUCAGUCCCUGUGAAACAGACGUGUUUGGAGAGAUGGAUUGUGGGAUUUUUCUGCAGCUCAGAUGACUGGAGUAGACAGCGUUUAGUUAAGGGUCACAGGUUUUGAUCCCAUGUUCUUUCUAAUAUCUUUUUUUUUUCAGUCUUUCUUUUCUGCUGCUCUGUAGCAUGUUUCUGUGCUUGCUCACGUUUAUUCCAGUCUUCGAGUUCUCAUAGUUGUCACGGUGAAAACUUAAAUGAUUCAGUGACUGUUAUUUUCUGAAAAGAAUAUUAUGUCUUUACGUACGAUAAAUGAAACAGAGCCAAACUUUGCAGAAUAAGAUUAUGAUGUAUUUUAACAUUUAAAGUUGCUGUUUUUUGCAGCACCGAAUAAAUGUAAGAGAGCAGAGCACCUGAUGAAUUCAUAUUGUUGCAUGGAACACUUUACAUGUUAUUCUCAGACUUUAUAAAUAUUAACAUGACUUUCCUUAUCUAGUCCAGAGUCCUACGAAGACCAAAGUUCACAACCAUGCCAGCAUGGUGGGGUCUUACCCAAGGAUAGCAGAGCUGUGGCUAAAUACUAAUGCUAGCUUGGCAAAAUGCUCUGAGUGACAACGCUAACAUACUAAGUUUAGUGAGUUUAAUGUUCAUCAUGUUUGCGACCUAAGUUCAGAUUUAUCAUCACUUUAAAUAAAGAGGAGCUUAGGCUAAUCAGAAGUUUUUACAGUAUUCACUAAACCAAAUGAAAGUGUCACAGAAUCAUAAAUGUGUUUGACCGUGUGUCAUCGGGACAUGAUAAAGGUCUACCAAAUAUUGUGCUAAUCCACCCUGUAUCUAAUAAAAUCUCUUUCCUGUAGUGGAGGCUAACUCCAGUCUUUCAGAUUAAUCCCACAGGACUCAUGAUUAUAGACUUGUUAAAAAGACUGGAUUAAAGUGAACCAAACUGCCACUUCAAGUGCAGCACUAUCAUGAAAGCCAGCUUGACUAAAACUUCAGUUGUUUUUUAUUUGAUUUAAAAGCUUGCCACUUUGGGGAAGGAAAAAUGUUUUGUUUAAAAUCACAGGAGUAUUUUGUUCAGAUUUAGAUCAUUAGUUUCUAACUGACUCCUGUAGAAACCCACCCAGGAACUGAUGUUCUGGUAAAUGAACUCAAACAACCUGACAUUACACACACCAACACUUUUGUAUUGCUUUAUUAUAAAUGCUACCCCUCAAUGCUACCGUUACUGGAGCACACUGCAAAUCUUAGCGCUCUCAUACACAACAUAGGUAAUUUUUAUAUAUUGGAUACAGCACAGCUCUAACUACAGCACACACUGUGCUCUGAAAUAUUGACGUCUUCUAAACUCGGCGUUUCUAGCAAACAGUUUUCUAAAAACUUCAGAAAAUUUGAAUCAAUGUGGCACAGCUGUUUUAGGAAACAAAUCAGCCCUUGGUAUUUCUCUCUCUCUUACUUAUACACUGUCUUUCUUUACGCUAGUGUGCAUUGGGUACUGACCAUACAAUGUUGCAUGACAUCAUUUCUCCCAUUAGUUUGAGAAGCUGUGUAAGCAUGGACAUUGAAAACAUUUCACAAAACUUAAAGACAAUCAAAAACCUCUUUUUUUUUGGUAAAUGUUUGCUUUUCAUUGCCUGUCUUCACGUAUAACUGGACAAAAAAACUUUACUUCAUCCCUCUGCGAAGCAUCUGAUUUGCUGCAAUGAGCAUAACGCUGAUGAUGAAUGCAAUGGCGAAGGCACAAAUCAGGCUUUUACGCACACACGUGUGUUUCUCCUGUUGUGUUGGGCUUGCUGUGGAAAAAAAAAAAAAAACACACACUUCUUAGAGGGUAACAGUGAUUUAAGAAUUGUUGUACAAGCUUGCAUUUUUAAAUCUUUAUGAACUUACUGUCGAUGUCCACAUGACACUCUGGACUGUUCAGGUGG